AUGAACCGCGCGCAAGUCACCUCGUGGGCCGAAGGACCCCGCUACAGCCACGUCGAGAGCCUCCCGGCCCCGGCCAGCGACGAGCUGCAGCUCCGGGUCUUGGCUGCCGGGCUCCACCACGUCGUCCGCUCCCGCGCCACCGGCCAGCACUACUCGAGCAACGUCCUCCCCCACAUCCCCGGCGUCGACUGUGUCGCCCGCGACGAGGCCACCGGCAACCUCUACUACUGCCUCAAGUUCGCCCCAGACUUUGGCACCUUUGCCGAGUACAUCAACAUCCCAAAGUCAAAUGCCAUCCCCAUCCCCGCCGGCGUCGACCCUGUCGGCUUUGCCGCCUCCGCCAACCCGGCCAUGAGCAGCUGGAUGGCCCUCUCCCAGCGCACCUCCGACCUCCCCAAGGACUACUCCGUCCUCAUCAUCGGCGCCACCAGUGCCAGCGGCCGCAUGGCCGUCAACGUCGCUCGCGCCCUCGGCGCCGCAAAGGUCAUUGGCCUCGCCCGCAACGCCGACGCCCUGGCCAAGGUCGAGGGCCUCGACGAGCGCGUCGUCCAGGCCCCGAACAUCAAGGACACCGACCUCUCCCAGCUCGACUACGACGUCAUCCUCGACUAUGUCUACGGCGACGUCGCCCUCCACGUCCUGGGCUCCGUCAGGCCCGGCAAGCCCGUGCAGUACGUGCAGAUCGGCGGCCUGGCGCAGACCGACAUUGCCCUGCCGUCCGCCAUCCUCAGGUCCAGGAACAUCACCCUCCGUGGUGCCGGCCCCGGCGCCUGGAGCUUCAAGGGCGCCUCGAUCGAGCUGCCCAAGAUGGCGCAGGCCCUCGCCGGGUGGAAGAUGCUGGACGCCCAGGCGUUCCCGCUCAAGGACAUUGAGCAAGUGUGGGGUGACAAGACCCUCGGUGGCGCUGCUCGGAUUGUGAUUCAGCCUUAG